AUGGGUGAAGCGACCGUCAACGGCGACAUGCCGCAUUCUGCCUUCUUCUCGCAUAUACAAUCCUAUCCUCUCGUCUCAGAUUCGAUCAAGACCAUUCAAGAGAACCCCUACGGUGUCAAAUCGAUCGAACUGACCAACGCCGGCUACACGAAAUUUGUCAAACCCACGCUGCCCUACUUCCAGACACCGGCCUCGUACGCAAAGCCCUAUGUCGCCAAGGCUGAUGAGCUGGGAGACAAAUUCCUCACCAAAUUCGAUGAGCAGGUGCCAAUUGUCAAGGCCGAGACCAAGGACAUUCAGGACAAGGUUAUGAGCUACAUCCAGUGGCCCCUGGACACGGCAAACACUACCAAGGAGUGGGCUUUGGAUACAUACAAAGACGAGUACAAGAAGUGCGGAGGAGAAGGCUACGUGGCCGGCGGCAAGGCGGUCAUCACCACCUCUCUGAUUCUGAGCUCCGAUGUCCUCAAAUGGAUCAGCUCGUUCCUCCAGGCCAAGAAGGAGCAGGCCAAGGAGGUUGCCAACGAAAAGACCAGCAAAUAA